GCGCUUUGCGGCGGCGGCACCGGCAGGGCCCGGACCGGGAUGAGCUUCUUCGACGCCUUCCGCGGCUUCUUCGGGUUCCCGGGGCCGCGCAGGCCCCGGGACCCGCUGUUCGGUGGCGCGGCGUGGGACGAGGAGGAGGAGGAGGAGGAUGACGGCCCGGGCCUGGCGCAGCCCCCGCAGGACUUCGGCUUCGGGUUCAGCCCCGGCGCGUCCCGCGGCACCUUCGAGGAGCUGUUCCGGGACAUGGGCGAGCUCCUGGGGGCGCUCGGGGGAGCGUGGGCAGGGCCCCCGCAGCCCUUCGCGCCCGCCCUGCCCAGCCCCGGCGAGGAGCGGCCGCUGCGGGACUCGAUGCUGAAACACCCGGACAGCCCCCCCGCCAGCGCGGCCCCGGCGGGCCCCGAGGGCGGCAGAGACCCGGCCCGGCCCUGGAGACCCUUCCUGGGGCUGGACGAUGCUGGCCCGGCCCCUCCCGGCCCCAAGGCAGACCAAGACCUGGACUCGCAGGUCUCCUCCGCGGGGCUGGGGACCAUCCUGAGACCCGACGAGCCCAAGUCCCGCUCCUACUUCCAGAGCGUGUCUGUCACCAAAGUGACUCUGCCUGACGGGGCGGUGGAGGAGCGCCGCACCGUGCAGGACAGCCAGGGCCGCCGGGAGACCACGGUGACCCGCCGGAGGGGGGACCAGGCCUUCAUCACCACCACCAAGGAGGACGGGCAGGGCAAGGACUACCGCGAGGAGGUGCUCAACAUGGACGACCGGGAGCUGGCGCAGUUUGCGGGCUCGUGGCCGCGGCAGGAGGAGCUCCGCCCUCCCAAUCCGAGCGACCCGUCGUCUGUGCUGGGCAGCUUCCUCCGGCACUGGUUCUCCAGCUGGUAGCCGUGCCCAGCCCUGGCUGAGCACCCGGUAUGUGUGACACGUGCAGGGGGGACGGACCCCGGGGCUGUCAGAGCGGGCACGGGACAGCAGCGUCUUCCCACCACCUGGUUUGGUUGUAGGUGGGUCACAUCCUGCUGGGAGCUGGCACCUGGGCUGGGGGCUGCCUUCCUUCAGGAGUGCUGUGGAGCCACAGGAACCCCCGGGGGGGCCGAGUGUGUGUGUGUGUACAGCUCAAUAAAGUCUAUUUAUGCUAA